AUGGCCACCCCGACGUCCAUCACUCAGCCCCUCUCCGCACUCUGCACACUCCGAGCCCGUGAGAAGGCGACAAGCACCCAAACCACCAGGCUACCACCCCCCAGGCCGCUCCACGCACUGCCUGGACUACCUUUGCUUGGGGUCUGCGCCGCCGCAUCCGCCGCCGCAUCCGCCGCCGGCCCUCUGCAGCGCCCCUUCAGUCGCGGGAAGUGCUGGGCUUUGGGAGGCCGGGCACCUGGCCGAGUCGUCCGCGCCGCCGAGCCCAGCGGCGACGAGCUCAGGGAGCUCUGGCAGAAAGCCUACCAGCUUGAAAGAGAGCGCAGCGAGGAACUGAGGGGCGGCGAGUCCCCGUCGCUGCCCUCAGAGCCGUCGGUUGAUGCCCCCGCAUCGGAGUGGCAAGCGGCCUAUGAAGCCAUGAAGGCAGCCAACGCUGAGCUGGAGGAGGCGAAGCGGCAGCGCGCUGUGCAAGCGGCUCGCGAUGCGGCACGCGAAGCCUCGCAGGCGGAGCAGGAUCAGGAGCCUCAGGAACCAGUUCCGGCUGCCAGUGCCCGCAGGACUUCCCAAAGGCUUGGAAGUCUGACCUCCGAGGCAGAUGCCGAGGAGGGCUCCAGCAAGGUUCUUAGCAUCUUCGACCUGGCAGCGGUUGACGUGGACUCCCAGCAGCUGGCUGAUGUUACCCGGUUUCGGGACGCACUGGGCCCUGGCACCUUGCCGCUGCUGAAGGCGCUCUUUGACAAGGAGUCAGCAGAAGUUCUGGAAGUGGGCGAGCUUCGAGAAGCGUUGCGGAUGGCGGGCAGUGGCUUCACAGUCACCUCCAAUCUCAGCCUGGGGCGGUGCCUUGUUCUGCGCGGGCUUCUUGCGCGUGAUGUUGGUGGUCGGGGGACGCUCACACAGUUCCUGGAGGAUCGGCAAGCGGGACUGGACGAGCGGUACGGCUCAGGCAGUUUUACCGUUUUUCUGCAACGCGAGCGCCCCCCUCCAGCUCCAGGACUCAGCCUUUGGCCCAAAGGUCAGUUUGACCCGGUGAAGGUAUGGAGUCCAUCCGACAAGGAGCUGCCAGCGGCGCUGCUGGUGUUUCGCACGUCGGACUUGCCAAUACCAUCCACCAAAGACAGCUUCAGGCGCUUUGCGGUUGGUGCCUCUUUCGUGGCCACCAUAGUCUUCUGCAACAUCAUCUCCGCCGCGGUGGGCUUCUUGGAUGGCCAGGGCCGCGACGUUCUGGUGAACCGCUCCGUGGAAGAAGUGACCUACAGCCCCCUCUUGGGUGUUGCGGUCACGCGCCUGGACCCGGACGGCGUCGCAUCCGUGGGCCUUGGGCUGCUUCUGAUGCUCUUCGCCCAAGGGCUAGGGCGAGGACUCGUGGCAGACCAGUGUGGGGUUGAGGUUCAAGGCGGCUACUUCAUUCCUUCCUCCUCCCUGGGAACAGUCGGGCGCACCUGGACAAUCAAAGGGCUGGCGCCUUCACGCAAAGUUCAGAUCCAGGUGGCUUUGGGCGGAAUCUACAGCGGCCUGGCGGCAGCCUUGCUGCUGUGCCUGGCAGGAAUACUGAUGGGCGACGCUUCGGAUGGCCUGCUGAAAGUGGAGGUGACCCGGCUGCCGCUGUUCUUGGCACAACUCCUGGGCGACUCUUUUCCCGCAGAUGCAGCGGAAACAGUGCUGGGCCUGGGAAGCGGCGAAGCUGCGCCCAGUGCACCCGCUCGGGUGCCAUUGGACCCCCUGCUCUUCAGUGGUAGCCUGGCGCUGACUGCACAGGCAGUUCGACUCCUUCCUCUCCGCGGCCUUGAUGGGCACCUGCUGGCCAGGUUCCUAUUUGGACCACGUCCGAUCCAGCUGCUUGAGCUUGCCACUGGCGUUGUGCUCUUGCUCGGUGCUGUGGGACGUUUGGGUCCCAAUGCUAAUGCUGCGAUUUGCAGCUCGGCUCUCUUCGCUUGGGGCGUCUCCUUCCUGGUCGCCACGAGGGAGUCGCCGCUGCCACCGCGUGAAGACUUUGAUGACGAGCCAGCAGCUUCACCGCAGUUGGCAAUAGCUGCAGCGCUAGCCUUGUUGCUGGCUGCCCUCAUCCUUAUCCCAGGCAAGCUCAUUCCAUACGGACUGCUGAGGGUUGCGGCAUAG